AUGGCCGACGGCUGGCUCCCUUUCGGCUUCAGUUGCUACAAGAAGAUGGCGACCCCCAACGGUUGGCUGGGGGCUCGGCAAGACUGCGUCUGGGAGGGCGGCGACCUGGUCUCCAUCGCCUCGUCGGACGAGGAAGCCUUCGUGAAGGACAAAAUGGGCAUCGACCCCUUCUGGAUCGGACUCUCCAAUCUGAAUUGCGACGAGGCUUGGUGUCGGUAUGACAAGGAGCAAAAGAAGAUGACUUGGUCCAAUGUCCGCGUGAUGGCGACCUACUCCAACUGGGACUCGCGUCAGGUUGGAAGCUCCGACGUAGAGUCCUGCGCAUACGUCAACCAAGGCGCGUGGACUGAGCCAGGAAAGUGGCGACACGGCUCGUGCAGAUCCUCGUUGGCGUUCAUGUGCGAGCGCUCCUUGCUCGAAUGCCCGGAGGGCCGGCCGUGUUCCUUGAAAGACUUUGGUUACCUUCGAGUGGAGACUUCCUCCUGCGACCCCGGCGAAUUCCUGUUUGACGAUUCUUGCUAUCGUUUCGAGGAGGCGAGGAAGGUGCAGAGGGCCGCCGAGAGGUUUUGCAAAGGACACAAAGGUCACCUGGCCAGCGUCCUCUCAGCGGAGGAAGGCAAUUUCUUGGCAGCUCACAUGCGAGAUGCAGGAAGAUCUCAGCCUUUUGUGGGACUGAAGAAGAAGAAAAACAACUUUGAGUGGAUUGACGGAAAAUCUUCAGUAACCAAGGUCCAAGGGGCUCUCCCUGUUUUGCCAUCAUCAACAUGGGGACCAGGCUGGAGCAAAAAGUGCGGCUGGUGGAUGGACAACCCGUCCGACGACUUCUGCUACCUGAUCAACCACAACCGUGUCAAGACCUGGCAGGAGGCGCGAGAUGACUGCGUCGGCCUCGGAGGCGACCUGCUCAGCAUCACCCACUCCUAUGAACAGACCUUCAUACAAGGUCUGUACGCCCGUCCUCUGAGCAGUCCCACUCUGUGGUUGGGCGCCAACGGCAAUAUCACUAACGGCAUCGAGUGGAUUGACGGAUCGAUGUCCACUUACAAAAACCUGAACACAGACAUCGCCGGAGAAGGCCCCGGUGGAAACUGCCUUUCCUUGCUCACUGCCGACGGCCGCUGGGCAAAAGCCGAUUGUGAGGAGAAGCGCAGCAGCUACAUCUGCAAGAGAAGAGGAAGAGCCAUUCCUAAAUCCGCGUGUGAGAAGGGGUGGAGUCUUCACCAGUCCAGUUGCUACAAGAAGAUGGCGACCCCCAACGGUUGGCUAGGGGCUCGGCACAACUGCAUCUGGGAGGGCGGCGACUUGGUCUCCAUCGCCUCGUCGGACGAGGAAGCCUUUGUGAAGAAGGAAAUGGGCAUCGACCCCUUCUGGAUCGGACUCUCCAAUCUGAAAUGCGACGAGGCUUGGUGUCGGUAUGAUAAGGAGCAAAAGGAACUGACUUGGUCAGAUGUCCGCGUGAUGGUGGGCUACUCCAACUGGGACUCGCGUCAGGUUAGAAGCUCCGACGUAGAGUCCUGCGCGUACGUCAACCAAGGCUCGUGGACCGAGAGUCCGCCAGGAAAGUGGCGACAAGCCUUGUGCGGAUCCUCCUUGGCCUUCAUGUGCGAGCGCCCGCUGGACGACUGCCCGAAGGGCCGGCAGUGUUCCUUGAAAGACUUUGGUUACGAUCGAGUGGAGACUUCCUCCUGCGACCCCGGCGACUUCCUGUUCGACGAUUCCUGCUAUCGUUUUGAGUGGAAACGUAAGAAUUGGCACUCGGCUGAUAUACUUUGCACAGAACAGAAAGGUCACUUGGCCAGCGUCCACUCAGAGGACGAAAUCAAAUUCUUGGCUGCUCACGUGCGAGAUGAUAAAGGAUAUUGGCCUUUCAUGGGACUCAAGAAGAACAAAGACAAGAAAUUUUCCUGGAGCGACGCAACGUCUGCAGACUACGUCACGCUGAGGGGAGAACAGUCUACAGGACGCGGUGACUGCUUUGCUCUGUCAGCUUCUGGACAAUUUCAUCAGUGGCCCUGCACUGAAGAGCAGCCAUCUGUCUGCAGAAAAGCCAAAAUUCGAGAGGCUCGCCAUGAUGAGCCGCAAGCAGGCUGGAGCGAAAAAUGCGGCUCGUGGGUGGAGAACCCCUACAGCAACUUCUGCUACCUGAUCAACCGCAACAAUGCCAAGAACUGGCAAGAGGCGCGAGACGACUGCGUCCGCCUCGGAGGCGACCUGCUCAGCAUCACCGACAACAUGGAGCAGACUGUCAUAGAAGUUCUGUCGACCGGACUUCAAAACGUUUCUUCUCUGUGGUUGGCCACCAACACCACGAUCACUCAAGGGUGCAAGUGGACUGAUGGGUCUCCCUUUCGUUACACCCACUGGACCACAGAUAGCCCUAGUAAACCCUCUGGUGAAAGCUGCCUUUCCUUUCACACUAAACGUGAACUGGGAAAUUGGAAAUUUGACAACUGCCAGAAGAAGAGGAACUACAUAUGCAAGAAAAGAGCUCGAGGACAUAAACCGGAACCUCCACGCCAUGACGGUUUUCGGGAGAUCCUUGUGUGCAACCAGCAGAAGCACGUCGACCUCUUUUGUCAGAGUGAGGGUCAAAGCGUCAUCCGCAUCCAGUCGGCCUUCUAUGGACGGAGGAGCGGCAGCCUUUGUCCAACUCAGAACGCAACCAAGGAGACUUGUGUGGUGCGAGGAGCUCUCCCUCACUACAGGCAGAAAUGUGACAACCGUCAAUAUUGUCUUGCUGACCCUUUUGAGGGCGUCCGGGAGACCUGCCCUGCAGUCUCCAAAUACCUGCACAUGGUCUACAGCUGCGAACGGAAAGUGUGUCUUGACAGUUUGGUCGAGGCGGACAAGCGCAUCGCCGACUCAGCGUUUGAAGCCUCCUCCUCUAUGAGCGACACCAGCCCAGAGAAAGCUCAAUUGAGCAAGAAUUCCUGCUGGAGACCGUCACAAGAUCCCUCCACCAGCUGGAUCCAGGUGAAUCUCGGUCACGUGAGAAAGGUGACCGGGAUCGUCACCCAGGGCUGUCCUCAUACUGACCAAAGGUCCUGGGUCAUCGACUUUGAGAUGAAGAUUAGUUUGGAUGGCAAAAGCUGGACUGAUCACCCGGACGAAAAGUUUACCGGAGGGGGGGAGCACCGGUUUGGCUCUGCGUUUUCCGCUCAGUACGUCCGCAUCCUGCCGCUGGAGGACAGCGUUGACUUCGGCCUCACCUUUGACCUCUUGGGAUGCGCACGUGACGAUGCGAUGACCUGUGACAGCACGUUCAACAGCCUCCACUUGACCAAGGCAAUGACGUUCCACUGCCCACCCAAGUGCGCCAACUCCAAACACAAUGUCACAGGAACCUUGGUCUACAAUAAGGACUCAAGCGUGUGCGCGGCCGCUAUUCACGCCGGCGUCAUUCGUAACGACAUCGGAGGAGACUGUAUUGUGAUGAAAGCCGUGGCAAAGAAGGACUUUGCUGGCUCCACCCAGAACGGGAUCACCUCCCUCAAGAAUGCCGACUCGACGGAUCAGGCCUUCACAUUUGCAGACGGAGAGCCGAGAUGCUUGGGAGAGUCCUGGGAGGAGUUUGCGGGCUUCUGCUACAAAGCUUUUGAGGACAAGAAGGAGUGGGCCGCUGCUCAAGCUGACUGUAAGAAAUUGGGUGCCAAUCUGGUGUCCAUCCUUUCCGAGGUGGAGCAGACGUGGGUGAAAAGUGCUUCCCCCCUCGACACCAGCGACAUGUGGACCGGACUGAAUGACCAGAGUGUCCUCGGCAUGUUUGAGUGGUCGGACCGCCACGAGGUGACCUUCACCGACUGGGCCGCAGAAGAGCCCAAACACCUGAAAAAGGACUGUGUGGCGAUGUCGCAAAAGGCUGGAAAAUGGAAGCAGAUGAGCUGCAAGAUACCCAACAGCUUCAUGUGCAAGAUGCCCAAAGCGGAUUAUGCAAUCACCUCAGAGAAGGCAGAGGAGAGCCAUUCUGGUGACAGAGUACUCUUGCACAGAAGCAAGCUCGCCAAGUCAACGAAUGCAGUGAGUUGAUUUUAUACUCUCUCUCUCUCU